AUGAAACCAUCCACUUCGAAUACCGGCUUUUUCCAGGAACUCCCGGUUCUGCCGAACCAAUUCUUCGAUGAUGCCAGCUUUCAAAGGGCCUUGAGGCUAUUCCUACCAAAGGAUAUCAUCGAGCGUGUCGAAGUCGACAUUGCGCAACUCGGCGAGGAUGUGCUAUCCGACCAAGUCUUCUCCUGGAUUACAGACUCGGAGAAGAACAAGCCGUACUUAAAGGGCAGCGGCCGUGACUCCUUUGGGCGGCCAACAUCCGAGCUGGUCGUCGGCGAAGGCUGGCGCAGCUUGCAAGACUUUGGCAUUCGAAAGGGCAUCGUCGCUACAGGGUACGACGCCUCACUCGGCUCCUCCGCCCGCGUAGUGCAGUUCUUGAGGAUUCACUUAUGGGGGAGUUCGGCUUCGAACGUCACCUGCCCAUCGGCUAUGCAAGAUGGCGCCGCUCGGCUCCUGCAACUUCACCUAUCAAGAGACAUCGAACCAACGCAACGAAUGGCACUAGAGAAUGCCCUUCAACAUCUCCUGUCACGGGAUCCAACAACUGCCUGGACUAGCGGGCAGUGGAUGACGGAGCGAACCGGCGGAAGCGAUGUAUCCCUCACCGAAACAGUUGCCCAGCACACUCCAUCCUCGGAAACGGCGCUGGCAAACGCGGCGGAGAACAUCCCUCUAGGCCCGUGGUCAAUUUCUGGAUUCAAGUGGUUUUCCAGCGCCACCGACUCUGCCAUGACCGUCCUCCUUGCGAGGACGCAAAGCGGCAUCAGUGCCUUCUUCGCACCAAUGAGGCGACACAACCCCACGGCAGUCACAAUGACGGGGCGGCCCAAGGGCGCCGCCGGAACGGAGCUGAACGGUGUCCGGAUCCAACGACUGAAGAACAAGUCUGGUACGCAGUCGCUCCCCACGGCCGAGCUCGAGCUUGAUGGCAUGCGGGGGUGGCUCCUGGGCCAGGAGGGCCGCGGCAUCAACGAGAUCAGCACCAUUCUCACGCUCACGCGCAUACACUCCGCCGUAGGUGCUGUAGGAUACGUGGGCCGAGGAUUAGCUAUCGCGAGGGCGUACGCCAAAGUCAGACAAGUCGGCGCAGGAAGGGGUCAGCGGAUGCUUCUGGCGGAAAGCCCACUACACAUGCACACUUUGGCGGAGAUGACUGGGGAGUAUCACGGUCUCAUGCUGCUGACGCUUUUCACGGCAUACAUAUUGGGACUGGACGAGAAUCCUCAAGCGGACGGAUCUGGCCUAUCGAAUGCUCUUGCUGCGAUCACGCCAGACCAGAAGCACAUUGCGCCCCUUUUGCGCAUCCUGACACCGCUCUGCAAGGCAUAUGUCUGCAAGAAGUCGAUCCCGCUGCUGUACAGUUGCAUGGAGGCUCUCGGAGGUGUCGGGUACAUGCUGAACGAGGAGACCGAGUAUCUGAACAUCGCCAGACUAUACCGUGACUGCUGCGUGCUGUCGAUCUGGGAGGGCACCACGGAUGUCCUCGCAACGGACUUCUUGCGAGCGUUGAAGCAUCCAAAGGGAGGACAAGAGUCCAUGGACGCCCUCGAUGCUCUCUUUGCCCAAAAUCAUGCGGUAGGAGAGCCCAAUGGUUGGAAACCGGUAGACCCGUGGAGUGCAGUCAAAUCCUCCCUGGUGGAAAAGUCACAAGCAGAUCUCAUUGGGGAUGCAAGACACAUCCUCUGGGCCGUGGCAGAAGCGCUCAUCGGCGUGCUGCUCCACGAAGACUAUGGGAAAGACGGAAGCCAAGCAGCAUUCGACGUUCUCUCCCGCCACCAAGCUCGCUGUGGUGGUCAGACAUUUGGGAGACCGACUCCAGGAACUUCAGAUGAGCCGCAGCUUGGCACACAAGACAGACUGGAAAGGAACUUCACCAUCGUCUAUGCCUGUUGUGAAAGGACGCAAACCAUCUCAGGAGAUUCCCACGUGGCGUCCCGAAAGGACAAAGCCGGCGAGCCGGGGGUCACAUCUCCAGACGACGGGCCCGGUCGAAUUGCACCUUCAGCCUCAAGAAGAGUGCCUAAUACCCAGUAUACCAUGACUCUCGCACUCACGUUGCUAUUUGAGAUCGAAGAGAGUUUCUGUCCGGGCACCCUCCGAUUAGCGUUGCUCGAUUUGGAUUUCUUCGCAAGGAAGCUAUUCUUUGUCCCGCCCGCAAGAUCCCCCCAUGCUCAUUGUCUUAUUCGGCUUGGGAUCGCCGGAGAGGGUGUUAACCCGGAACUGCAACGAGCAAUCCUUAUGUCUUUCCCAUCGAUUGUAAUUGACCAUCCGCCGACCGAGAUGCGGAUGCUCGCCACAAUCAACACGAGAUCAUGUUGGAGCCAAGUCCAAAUUCUGGGUAAGCUCCCCUCUUGUGUCCCCGGCCUACAAUCAACACGCCUGGAGCUAAUGGGUAUUGCUUGGCAGGCCUGGUAUGCCAUCGGCGUCUUCAUAAUUCUCCUACGAUUCGCAGUUCGUGUCCGUACCGUCGGGAUUCGAGGCUUCCGCGGCGACGAUUAUUUGGCUUUACCUUAUCUCGUGUUAUAUAGCAUCAAUGUUUACGUAGUCCAAAUCUGCUAUUACACAGGGGCCAAUAUCGACAUCACUUCAGAUGCAGUACCGUCGCUGUCGGAUCACGAUGUUGCAGUUCUUCAGCUGGGAUCGAAAUUGGAGUUCAUGUCAUGGUACACGUACCCUGGUUGCAUCUGGGUCUUGAAGUUCACCGUACUAUUCUUCUACAAGCGUCUAACACUCGGAAUUCUACGAAGACGGAGUCUUGUCGCAUUGUUCUGGAUCUGCGGAUUAUCCUACGUCGUGCUGUGUCUCACCGUGACACUCAGCUGCCAACCCUAUUCCGACAACUGGCGAAUCCGACCUCUACCAGGCCCAGAGUGCACAUUUCGACCACAAAACUUCUGGAUGCUGCUAUGGCUCAACGUUCUAACCGACGCCGCCCUCCUAUCCAUCCCCGUUCCGAUUCUCUGGCACCUCCGCGUGUCCCUUAGACGCAAGAUCGGCGUCGGCAUCCUGCUCUCGUCCGGCGUCUUUGUCAUUUCGACUGCCAUCGUUCGUGCGGUCACGACCUUGGGCGGUGCGCCGUCCGUCAUCAACAUCAACCGCUGGGGGUUCCGCGAGACCGCCGUCGGACUCAUCACCGUCACCUUGCCGGUCCUGAGCCCGCUGUUCACAAGGGCGUUUUGGCGCCGCGGCCCAUAUAUUCGCGACUACUACGAUCGGCUGCGCGGUCCGAGGACGCCUCCUAAUAACGCUAGGUUUGGGAACUGGCUGGGGACGAUGGUUCUCAAGUAUAUUGAUGAGGAGGAAGGGGAUGUAUUACGCAGCCCCAGCGCGGCAAAGCAUUUGGAAGAGGUGGGGUACCGAAGGGAAUGUGCCGAGCGUGCGGGUUCCUACAGUAAAGGGGAUACCUAUGAGUUGGAAACGCAGAGCGGCGAUACGAGCACGAAAAGCUUGAAAGGUAUUGAGACGAGCCAAGCAGACUCAGUUUCAGGCGUGACGCCAGAAGCAGGAGUUACGAGGAGUAUGAAAAAACUCGCCGAAAACCUCGGUGGCAUCUUGGCCGGCAGGAUGACUUCCGCUCGCCCCAUAAUCCCGGACCCUCACGGAGUUGUGGACUAA